AUGGCCGAAGAUGAGGAGACCAACGUGGGUAUCACAGGCAAAGGUUUGAUCUUGGGCUACACGCAACUCUGGAAGACCUGGGGAACAAAGCUGACAUCUUUGGCUUUGGACCUUGGCAUGCUGCUGGGCCAGGAUGAUGGUAUGGCAAGUCCAACUUCAGGCAAGAAGUCGACCAGAACAAAAGCAGCUCGAGCCAAGGAGCGGGCCAAAAACAGAGAUAAGAAACCUCCAGAAGCCGCGCCAAAGCUGCCAAAGCCGAAAGAGACUGAUGUCACAAAGAAGACAGCACCAAAGGAGCAACCAGCUGCUGACGAACCGGACAAGGUACGCUUCAUGGCAUGA